AUGAUUUUUCACAUUUAUCUAUUAUGGUUUGUGAUCGACAAAUAUAAUUGUAUUUCAAGCCCAAUCGCACCAUUUACUAAUUACACACACUCAACUGAACUUCAAGCAAACAUAGCUGAUCUUUGGUGGACAACAGACGAUGUUAAAGAAGAGAUCACGUUCGAAUUACAUAUACGAAGUACAGGUUGGAUUGCAUUAGGAAUCAGUCCAGCUGGUGGUAUGCAAGGAGCAGAUAUUGCUAUCGGUUGGGUUGAUUCUUUGGGUAAAGUUACUAUUCAAGAUCGACAUGCAUUUGGUAAAUCGAAGCCAAUGAUUGACAAUACAACGCAAGAUUGGUUUGCUCUUCAAGGUCGGGAACAAAAUGGAUGGACAGCUAUACAAUUCAAACGUUCAUUUGAUACAUGUGAUAAUAUGGAUUAUCCAAUUAAGGUAAGAUAUAUGAAUAUUGUCUAUUCUGUUAAUUAUUAUCCAUUCCGAUAA